AUGAAAACCGGUUGGGUCUUCGUUUGCAUGACACUUUUGGAGUUUGGAUUAACAUCAAAAUAUAGACCAUGUAAAGCGAGAUGCAGAUCUCUAGGUCUACGGAAAUGUUUCAAGAUAUGCAGAAUUGCAACAGGUGAUACCAUUGCUUUGCCUUGUUGGAAGAACUGCUCAGUCUCUAUAAAUGGUUCAAAUGCUGCAAAUGACCUUCGUGGAUGUAUCCAACAAUGUAGAGUUGGGAAAACUUGUGAAACUGCUUCUAACAAAACCGGCUUCAUCAAAAUACUCAAAGACAAAAUGCUUCGGGAAGGUCCAGUUUUCACAAAGGAUGGGCACUUUUACAUUGUUUUACCAUUGGCGGGUGAGAUCAGCAGAGUUGACUUGGAAAAAAAGCAGGCUAGCACGUUUGUUGCCCCAUCAGUAAAUGGGUUUGAUGGCAUACCAGCAGGAUUACAAUGUGACGCGGAGAACAAUAUUUGGGUUGCUGAUGCAAGACUUGGCUUACUGAAAGUGAUGCAAAAUGGCUCUUUUCAACAAGUAGCAACUAAAGACAAUCAAAAUGAAACCAUACAAGGAUGUAAUGACCUUAUAUUUGACUACCAUGGUAAUCUAUGGAUUACUGCACCAGUUGGCCCCAUUGCCCCAAAUAACUUAACAGAUUCAAGGAAGGAUCCAUUUGGAAGUGUGUACUGCUAUAAUAUGACAACUAGCGAGAUUAUUAAAGUUGCCACUGGAAUCCUAUUUCCCAAUGGUAUAGCUGUGCAACAUGAUAGCAAUGGGACUCCGAAGAAACUAAUUUUCGGGUCGUCAUACAAUAUAACUGCCCUCUUAUGGAGCUUUGAUAUAGUUGGCCCUUGUCAAAUUGAGAACAAGCAAGUUUGGGGAAACCUUCCCGCCAAAAGUAAUAUCGAUGGUAUUGAUUAUGAUGAAAAGGGGAACCUUAUAGUCACAGACUUUGGCUCUAGUAUGCUGUUCGUCUUCGACCCAAAUGGAGGCAGUGUGUUAGGCCACAGAUUCACCACCAUUGGUUCCCACAUUUCCCUCAAGCUCAAAGCAAGAGCCAGUUCUCAGGCUGGUACGUUGGUUAUCCGAUCAGCAGAUUGGUUUGAUGGGAUACCAGUAGGAUUACAAUGUGACCUUGAAAACAAUAUCUGGGUUACUGAUGCAAGACUUGGCUUAUUGAAAAUGAAGCAAGAUGGGUCUUUCAAACAAGUAGCAACUAAAGACAAUCAGAAUGAAACCAUGCAAGGAUGUAAUGACCUUAUAUUUGACUACCAUGGUAAUCUAUGGAUUACUGCACCAUAUGGCCCAAUUGCCCCACACAACUUUCAUAUUCAGAAAAGAGUGGAAUUUGCUCCGAGGGUUGAGGAUACAGCUCCGUCUAAUCUCAGUUUAAUGAUCGAUAUUCGUGAGUUGCUCCUUCUCCUCCGAGUUAUUGAUGAUCCGAAAUUUAUACAAGUUGCUGAACUUGACGCAUCCUCCGAGGUGAUUUGA